GCACGUCCAACCGUCGAUCCGUUCGGAAGCAUCCUCACCAUCGGGUUUUCGCUACCCCCCAAGGAACAAACUAAACUCGGAUUGUUUGUUUGCUAAUCCAACACAAGUAUUACUUCAUUUUAGCGCGUUAUCUACUAAUCUCUGUUUAGUGCCGCCCGCCCGUCCGUCAAGUUUGAUAAUAGUUUGAGUCUGCGGGGAAGAGUGAUAAGGUGCCUUCUCUCUGUGUAAUGGUGUUUUUGUUAUUGCUUGGCUUGGACUAAACGAACCAAACAAAUUGUAUCAACGGGCAAAGUGCUGUGCGCGCGUGCUGCCUUCCCCCAUCUCUGCCAGCUUUUGCAUUGUAUAGGACGAGGCUAGUUCGAUUCUUUGUUUUACCGUUGACCAAGUGAGGAAGGAUGACCAGCAGCCGACUGCCAGUGACGGUUUUGGACGGUGGAUUCGCGACCCAGCUGUCGGUGCAUGUGGGGAAACACGUCGACGGAGAUCCGCUGUGGAGUGCCCGGUUCAACGCGACCAAUCCGAACGCAGUGUACAAGACCCAUCUGGAUUUUCUGGAGGCUGGGGCUCAGUGCAUCAUGACCAACACAUACCAGGCCAGUAUCGAAGGUUACGGGGAGUAUUUGGACCUUAGUGAAGCGGCCAGUAUUCAGCUGAUCAAAUCGACGGUCAAGUUGGCCCACAUGGCCCGGACGAAGCACUUGGCGGAAAGCGACAUCCGGGAGAUUCCGUUGGUGGUGGCCUCGAUUGGACCGUACGGCGCACAUCUGCAUGACGGAUCGGAGUACACCGGAGAGUACGCGGACUACGUUUCGGCGGACACUAUUCAGAAGUGGCACCGCAGUAGAAUCGACGCCUGUCUGGAGGCUGGCGUGGAUGUGCUGGGGAUAGAAACAAUUCCGUGCAAGAUGGAAGCCGAUGCCAUGCUGGAGAUGAUGACCGAGGACUACCCACACGUAAAGUUCUGGAUCUCGUUCCAGUGCAAGGACAGUGCCCACCUUGCACGCGGAGAGAGCUUCGCCGAAACGGUUUCGUACAUCUGGAACAAGGCCAAACUGCUAGGAAACGAAAAUCUCAUCGCGCUCGGUGUCAACUGUGUCCAUCCGCAGUUUGUGACGCCUCUGUUCCGGGCUGUCAACGAGAAACGAUCGUCGGUGGAACGGAUCCCGCUGAUUGUGUACCCCAACUCGGGAGAGGUUUACAGCGUUGAGACUGGAUGGCAAGGCAAGGAGGACUGCGUCCCCCUGGAACAUUACGUGCCGCAGUGGAUCGAUCUGGGGGCACGAUUCAUUGGCGGGUGCUGUCGCACCUAUGCACGAGAUAUCAAGCGGAUCAAGCAGGCUGUGACCGCACUGCAGACAGGAACUCUGUGAUUGCAGAAGUAGUAUGCUGUUCGUGAAAUAAUUUGAUGAGAUUUUCUUCGAUAUGAUUGUCUGUGACAGUGAGAUUUGUGUCUCUUAUUUUUAGGAUUCGGAAAUGUGACGUUAUUUUAAUUGUUUUUUUUAUGAUUUUUUAAUUCACUCAAUAAAUGUUUAUGUCGACAAAAAGUGAA